UGUGACUCAUUUGUAUUUGACAGGAGACAACCAAGACAAUGAGAAGGAAGGAGGCGAUGGAGAACAAGUAGGGCCAAAGGUCACCUACAUCCCCCCGACCCUCGCCGAGGACGAGGACUCCAUUUUCUGCCACUACGAGACCGGGAUCAACUUCAGCAAGUAUGACGAGAUCUCGGUGGACAUCAGCGGGGACAACCCUCCCAAGGCCAUUGCGACUUUUGAUGAAGCUGGUCUGUGUGAGUCUUUGAGAAACAACGUGAGGAAAUCUGGAUACGUGAAGCCAACCCCAGUCCAGAAGCACGGCAUCCCCAUCAUCACUGCUGGCAGAGACCUGAUGGCCUGCGCUCAGACUGGAUCAGGGAAGACGGCCGCCUUCCUGCUCCCCAUCCUGCAGCAGCUGAUGGCUGACGGUGUUGCCGCCAGUCGCUUCAGUGAACAGCAGGAGCCUGAAGUGGUGAUCGUGGCCCCCACCAGAGAGCUCAUCUGCCAGAUCUUCAUGGAGGCCAGGAAGUUUGCUUACGGGACAUGUGUGCGUCCGGUCGUAGUUUACGGAGGAGUCAGCACCAGACACCAGAACAACGAUAUUGCGAAGGGAUGCAACGUCCUGUGUGGGACUCCAGGACGCCUUCUCGACAUGAUUAGACGAGGACGGGUUGGCUUGCAGAAGGUGCGUUACCUGGUGAUGGAUGAGGCCGACAGGAUGCUGGAUAUGGGCUUUGAGCCUGACAUGCGCACGCUGGUGACCUCGCCCGGGAUGCCAGAUCGAGAGAACCGCCAGACGCUGCUGUUCAGUGCCACGUACCCUGCAGACAUCCAGAGGAUGGCCAGGGACUUCCUGAAGGAAAACUACCUGUUCCUGGCUGUGGGCACGGUGGGCGGAGCCUGCACGGACGUGGAGCAGACUAUACUGCAGGUCACCAAGUUUGCUAAGAGGAAUCAGCUGGUGGACUUCCUCAAGAGCAUUGGAAACGAUCGCACCCUGGUGUUCGUGGGUACGAAGAGGCAGACGGAUUUCAUCGCCUGCUUCUUGUGUCAGGAGAAGUUUCCAACCACCAGCAUCCACGGUGAUCGUGAGCAGCGGGAGCGGGAGGAGGCGCUGGCGGACUUCCGCUCGGGGAAGUUUCCGUUCCUGGUGGCGACCUCGGUGGCGGCUCGAGGUCUGGACAUCCCGGAGGUGCAGCACGUGGUGAACUACGACCUCCCAACCACCAUCGACGAGUACGUGCACCGCAUCGGCAGGACGGGCCGCUGUGGGAACACCGGGAAGGCCGUGUCCUUCUUCGACCCUGAAACAGAUGGUCCUCUGGCUCCGUCUCUGCUGACCAUCCUGUCCCUGGCUCAGCAGGAGGUCCCGUCUUGGCUGGAGGAAUGUGCCGGUGGCUCUCGCGGCACUUCCAGCUUCAGCAUGUCCAACGGUUCUGUGGACACCAGGAAGACGAGCGCCGUCAGAGACUGCGGUGCUUCGAGCCAGCCGGUGCAGACUCCAGUUGCUGAAGAAGAAGAUUGGGAGUGA